AUGGGCACGGCUGCACGCAAGUUCCACUCGUCGUCGCUGGGGCGGCAGCCGGGCUCGCCGUUUGGCGACCGGACCGAGCACGUUCUGGCGCCGACAGACACGAGCUGCGGCGAGGAUGCGUUUUUCCACCGCAACGAUGCCUUGGGCAUUGCCGAUGGUGUGGGCGGGUGGGCGGGCGUCGGAGAUGCAGAUCCGGCGCUGUUUGCGCGGCGGCUCAUGCACCACGCCAGUGCCGAGGUGGCCCGGUUCGAGGACAUUGACGAUGAGCAGUUCGCUCACUACCAUGCGGCGGCUCCGGUGGACAUUCUGCGGCGCGCGUACGAGAUCACUUUGGACGAGAUGGAGGCACUGGGUGUGCGUGGGUCGUCGACUGCGUGUGUGGUGGUAUUGCGUGGCGAUGAGCUGCGGGUAGCCAAUCUGGGAGACUGCAGCCUGACGGUGGUGCGCCAGGGCGACAUGCUCGGCACCGAGGAGCACUCCGACGGGCCCUCUGACGCCCAGGUCUUCCGCCUCAAGGUGCAGCGCGGGGAUAUUGUCAUCGUCGGCUCCGACGGCGUCUUUGACAAUCUCUUUGACGAUGACAUCCUCGACGAGGUCAACCAGCAUCUGCCGGCUGCCAUGCGCGCUGCAGUUUCGCCUUUCCACGUUGAUCCGCGCGCCAUCAGCCGCGCCAUAGCCGAGCGCGCCAAGCUCGUCAGCGAGGACACACGGUACGCCGAGAGUCCGUUCCAGAUGCGUGCUAUGCAGGAGGGCCUAUACUACCAGGGAGGAAAGCGCGACGACAUCUCUGUCAUAGUCGCCAUCGUUACCGAUCUCGAAGACUCGCCGGAUCGCCGCUAA